AUGUUAAAGUUUUGUCUUGCUGCUGCUGAAGGAGAAGUUGCUGCUCUGCAAGAGAAAGCAAAGGAUUUAACGCGUGGGGUGUUGCUGCUGCUGCAGCAGCAACAGCAGCAGCAGCAGCAGCAUCUGCUGCUGCGGGAGCGUAUGCAGCUGCAGCACAACGCGGUUGCGCAGCAGCAGCAAAAGGAGCUUCUAGCAGCAAAAGAAGAAAGAGACAGCUUGCUGCAGCAGAUUGCAUGCCUAUCUGCUGCACUCAGCACCACCAAGCAGCAAUUAACAGAAGCAGAACUAAGAGCAGCAGCAGCAAAUCGAAAUGAAAAUACAGACAAACUACUCGCAGAGGAGCUGGAGAGGGAGCGGCAGCAGACGAGGGCUUUGAGAGCAGAGAAAGAAGAGAUAGCAGCAAAGCUGUUUUAUCAGCAGCAGCAAACAAACAACGCAACAAAAGAAAUGCAGCAGCUCAAGGAUCUCUGCAGCAAACAGCGCGCGCUGCAGCAGCAGCAGCAGCAGCAGCUGGAGGCAGCACUGUCGGAGCAGCAGCAGCUGCAGUGUCAGCUGAUUAAAUAUAAAAUAAAAUAUGCAGAGUCAGCAUUUGCAGAGUUAGGGGCGAGACAGGGACACGUGCAGAGACCGUCUCCUUCCUCAGCAGCAGCAGCAGACAGCAGCAGCAGCAGCAGCAGCAGCAACGUACCUCUGGCUUCUCCGCGGCAUCAGAAUAUUCCUUUCAGUGGUUUGCUUACUUUUAGGAGGCUCAUACACAGACAAGAAAAUAAUAAUAAAACUAGCUUAGCUGCAGCACUAGCCCAGGAGCAGCAGCAGCAGCAGCAGCAGCUACAGCAGCAGCAGCAGCAGCAGCAGCAGCAGCAGCAGCAGGUGCAAGAUGGAAGCACCUACUAUUCCCCAAGGGGCCCUAUCCCCGUGAAGGCCUCUUCUACUCCCUUUGUGCCUCCUCUCCCUCUGCAAAAACUGCAGCAGCUGCAGCAGCAGCAGCAGCAGCAGCAGCAGCAGAUUGUGUCUCCGCGUGAGAGGGGGUGGGGGGGCCCCCGCAAGCUGCUGUCUCGCCUAAUGAAUAAAACAGCAAGAGAGACAUUUAAUGCGCAGCCAUCAAAUCCAGCUCCUGCUGCUGCUGCUGCUGCUGCAACGAGGCAGCAGCCCCUACCUCUAUCCAGCAGCAGCAGCAGCAGCAGUUGCACCAGCAGCAGCAGUAGCAGCAGUGGUGGAGGCAACAGCAGCAACAGGAGUAACAGAAGCAGCAACAGCAGCACCUCCAGCAACAGCAGCAGCAGGGGCAGCAGUGUCGGUGGUGGCGAGGCUGCUGUUGCUUCCUCAGAAGCACCAGCCCCAGCAGCAGCAGCAGCAGCAGCAGCAGCAGCAGCACCAGCACCAGCACCAGCAAUAUACACUAUAGGGGAGACAGCAGAGGGCCCCUCAACAGGUAUUAGCGAUCCGCAGCAUAACAAAGAUUUUGUCUCUUCUUUGUCUGCAUGCAGAGCAAAUGAAGAGCAGCAGAAAGGAGACAGAAAGAAUAAAGAGACGGCCGAUGCACAGGCAGCAGCAGCAGCAGCAGCAGCAAAAGAAGAAGACAAGGCAGAACCCUCAAAGCCUCAACCACUAACUGUAAAGAAACUUCAGCGAUCACUCAGCAACGCCAUGCAGUUGCUGCGCCGCAGCAGCAGCAGCAGCAGCAGCAACAGCAGCAGCAGCAACACCAACAGCAACAACAGCAAAUCUGCAAGCGUAACCCCUCCGAUGCAGCUGCCACAACAGCAAACGAUAGAAAACAGUAGCGGGGGCCUCACUAAUAAUAAACCUAUACAAGACCCUCUCGCCUGGCUAGAAACUUAG